UGUCAAAAAAUUAACAGAAGGCUGCACAACGUUCUGUUGGUUGCGACUCUUCCAUUGUAAAGUUUUCCCUGUUUCUCCACCUCCCUUCACGAAAACACACGCACGCACUCACCUAUACAUACAAAAGUUCUGUAUCUCUCUCUCUCACACAAUUUCCAUUUAACACUGUAUAAAUCCUUAACACACACUCCAAAUCUCCCCCAAAAAACAGCUUAUAUGUCAAUUCCUAAACCCUAACCCUAAUUCUGAUCGGAAAAAAUGGAUAAUCCGGCGAACAAUUUGUACGAAACGGCGUCGCAGCCGGACACGGGAACCGAUGCGUACGCAUUUUUGGAAUUCAACACACAAGGCGAAGGCGACGGCGAAGAAGAAGAAGAAUUCGCCUUGGAUAAUUUUGAUUGAUUCUUAUUUGGAUAAGUAUUUUUAAUAUAUUCCCCACAUGGUAGAAUCUUCUAUAUAAUGAUAUACUGAAAUGUUAAGGAGGGUAAAACAAGGUUGUAGGGUUUCGAUAUCGAAUUACCAUCAGAAGCGUACUCUUGUCAAUGUUAAGCUGAAAUGGGUUAAAGAUAGUGUCUUGGACAGUGUUGUAGCUGGAGGUAGACAACUAAAGGCUGGUACUGCUCUAGUUUCCAUCAUUGCCUCACAAUCCACUUCUGGUCUUCCUAUUUACCAUCUCCAAAGCAAGCAUGGCCAGCUUGGGCUUCCUCAUGACUUGAAAGUCUCCACUUUCCUUAGGAGAUACCCGAAUAUUUUUCAGGAAUUUUUUUGUCUUGAUAGUGCUGGCACUCCUGUUCCGUGGUUCAAAUUAACUCCCGAGGCCUUAGAGUUUCAUCAUGAACAAGUUAACGUUCUUCGUCAGUGCAGCACAGAUAUUGUUAAUAGGCUGAGAAAGCUUUUGAUGAUGACCAACGAGAGGAUGCUUCCUCUUCAGACAAUUGAUCAGCUAAAAUGGGAUUUAGGCUUGCCACAUGAUUUUGCUAGUUCGUUGAUUAUAAAAUAUCCUAAUCUAUUUAAUUUGGUGGACCUUACUGAUGGUCGUCUUGGUCUGAAGCUUUUAGCAUGGGAUCGCAAAUUAGCUGUUUCCCAUUUGGAGGCAAAUUCUACAAAAGAAAACGGGGCCUUAAUGUUUCCUAUUGGAUUCACCCGAGGUUUUGGGUUAAAGAGAAAAUGCAUGAAAUGGUUGGAGGAAUGGCAAAAGAUGCCUUAUACUUCUCCUUAUGUAGAUGCUUCUAAUUUAGACCCAAGGACAGAUGUGUCAGAGAAGAGGAUAGUUGGAGUGUUUCAUGAGCUUUUGCACCUCACCUUACAAAAGAAAACAGAGAGGAGCAAUGUUAGUAAUCUUCGUAAGCCAUUGGAAUUGCCUCAGAAGUUCACAAAGGUCUUUGAGAGGCAUCCAGGGAUUUUUUACAUUUCUAUGAAGGGCGACACACAGACAAUAGUCCUUAGAGAGGCUUAUGAUCGCAAUCAAUUGAUUGAGAAACAUCCUCUUGUUCAUAUAAGGGAGAAAUUCGCUAACAUGAUGAAACAAGGUUUUCUUGAUCGUAGUAGAGGGUUAUACAGAGACACUAACCAAGGUCCAGAAGAAGGGUCACUGACGAGUAGUUUUCUUGAUGAGACAUGUGGAACUAGAUUUUUAUCUGAUAUAGGCUCAGAGUCUGAUAUGCGUUUAGAAGCAAAGUAGCUAAAGGUCCUUCAAGAAUGUUGAAGUUAUAAGCUGAGAGGUGAUUGGAUGACUAUUUGAGGUUCUUAGAAACUUGCGAAGUAAAUUGGAUAUGCUCUUAGUAUACGAAUAACAUUAGAUAGAGUUCCUUUUAGAACUGUUGAAGCUAGAAGCUGAGAGGUGAUUGGCUGUAACUUUGAGAUUCUCAUUUCUCAUCUAAAUUUGCGGAUAAGUUGUUCAUAAUGUUGAGGAAGUUCCCCCAAUCUUUGCUUAUGAUCUGGUCUUUAUCUUAAAUAUUCAGAACAAAUCGAAGAAUGCAGCCAGAUGAGCUGAGAGUAUGAAUUACUCCCUUCAUGGCAUCAUUUCAGAGAACUACCUAUGGAGAGCCCCUGGGCACGUCUCAUUGAGUAUAAUUGAUGGACUUCUAUUCUGUAAGAAGUAUUCAGCUGUAAGUCUUGCAGCAACUGACUCUGUGGUAUCACCUAAAUGUGAUGGUUGGAGGAUAGCUGAUAAUCGUUGCCAUGUCUAUGCUCCUACUCUCUGGAUUUCAGGAAAUAGUUCCUCUGGCUGCUGGUAAUAUUAUGGGAGCCUAGACAAUGGCCCUGCCAAAAAGUGGAUCACUUUGAUCAGGGAGACAUUAAACAACAGUCCUGUUAUUAGUGGAGGUAAUUGAUACUAGAUUCUACUCGAUAGCAGGAGUUCAAUGGACUUGAGGAUCGAAAAUACUAACUCGAGAAAAUAGUUAAUAAGAACUGAGAAAGAUAUUUAGAGAGAAGAAAGUAAUUUCUGUAUUUCUACAUAUGAAAUGAAUGUGAUUACAUGUUCAUAUAGAGCUCAUGAAUCAACUACCUAAUCAGCUAAGCCACUAGAGUUAGUUAUAACUACUUAACUAAAUGUCUAACUAACUACACUGUAGCAACUACAGUAUUAACUAAUUUCCGGACUUUUUUCAAUUUCCCACUUAUGAAUAUUGUGUAUCAGUACUCCCCCAUACACCCCCAUACAGAGAUCCUUGACCUCAAGGAUCAAACAAAGGAAACCUAGUUGCAAUAAAUAUAAUUAGGCAAUUUAAAUUAUUAGUUAGAUCAUACUACAUAAAUUAGUGACCAUUAAUUGGAUUAGUUCUUUGGUAUUCCAGAAAUCAGUAUGUUCAAAGAAUAUGGAGAAGGUAAUGAGUUGCAAAAAAGUAUUGACCAAAUUCAUUUGAUUUCAUAUCAAUGGUCAUUUUUUCAUUAAUGAUGAAUUAAAAAGUUCUAAGUAGGUGUAUGAUUAAUUAGAUAAAUUGUUUCAACUCUAGAAGCUUGUUUGAAGACAAACACACCUGGUAAAUUGAUUUGGUGUGAUUGAGUAUAAUUACACAAUUUGACAUGUUUGGUUGGCGAGAUAAUUACUUGAACAACAGAUAAUUGAGUGUAAUUGACAAAGGUGAUUACACUCUUCAAUUCAUAUGGGAACUGUGAAUUGCUGGUAACUACAUGGUGUAAAAUUAUUUUUGUCAUAACCUAAUUUCUCAUGACACCUACCAUAACCCACCCGUAGGUAAGUUAAUUCAUGUAGUUUGACUAACCAAACCAAAUCAUAAGUCAUUUUUUUCUCUCGGUUUGGUUUGGUUCUUCGGUUUGAUUUGACUUGACGAUUUGGUCUGUACACCCUUGCUUCUCUAUGCAAAUUUGACCCUCAUUUUGGAUUGGGUCAGAAAACCCGACCGAAUCCAAAUUUAAAACCGAAACAACUCGUGGGUCGACCCAUUUAGGGUUCAGUAAUUGGGGUUUAAGGGUUUUCAGUUCUCUCAGAAUUUAAGGUAAGAACUCAAUUCUAUCUUCAAUUAUUACGAAGAAUUUUUCUCUCACAGAUGCAAAAUUGUACAGUAUUAUCCAGUUAUCGGGUACUCAAAAUUGCUUCAAUUUUUUCACCAAAAAACAAUUUUUGUAACCCUAGAAAUAAUGGGUUCACUGUAUUUUGUGCAUUUAUGUAUACUUCCGCACACUUAAAUAAUAGAAAAGCGCCUGACCCGAAUGAUCCAUCCACUUUGAUGAAAGAAGAUAGUAUAUCACUUUGUUGUGAAAUGUGGAUUGAUAGUUUUCGAGAACCCAAUAAGACAGUUAACAAUUUAACUGAUUAUUUAAGGAGAUUUGAGUUAUGGGUAUUGGCAUAUCAAAAAGUAUCAGCUGAUGAUACUGGGGCGUAUAUGCCAAGGAGCGCGAUUACGCGUUCAACACUUGAGGAUUUAUUGGCAUUGAGAAAUGCAGUUCUUGAUAGUAGGUUUAAAUGGGGUGCUAGGUUGGAGUUUUUUAUUAAGUCUCUGAGGGAUAAGAUGGAUUACGAGUUGUUGUCUAAGAGGAUGAUUAAAGCUAUAUUGACUACAAUGCAGCCUAGUCCGUUUCAGAAUAGGAUAGUGCAGGAGGUUUUGUUUAUGAUAUUGGAGCCGAUUUAUGAGCUAGGUUUUUGGAGAAGUCAUUUGCUUUUAGACCUGGUAGGACCGCGCAUACAGCUUUGAGGGUUAUUAGGAGAAGUUUUGCAGGGUAUUUGUGGUAUAUAAAAGGCUUCUAUCGGAAACAACCUCUUUACUUUUUCGGAAGUAGCGGUAUGGACUGCGUACAUUUUACCCUCCCCAGACCCCACUUGGUGGGAAUUCACUGGGUUUGUUGUUGUUGUUGUUGUUGUAAAAGGGGAUUUAAGUACAGUUUUGGAUGGGGUGAAGGUUGGGAUGGUUAUUAGUGCUUUAAUGAGGGAUGUUAGAGAUAAGAAGGUGGUUGAUUUGAUAAAGGCUGCGUUAACUACUCCUGUGAUAACUACUAUGCCUGAGGAUGUUGAGAAAAAGAAGACGAAAAGAAAGUAUCAGAAGAAGAGAGUGUUAGCAGAUGAUGAGCCGAAGCCUGAUCCAUACUGGCUGGAAUCAUUCUUUGGGUUUGCUCCAGAGGAGGCUGAGAAAGUUCGUUCAUGGGGGCAUUGUGGUAUACUCAGUCCACUUCUGGCUAAUGUUUGCCUUGAUGAGUUGGACCGCUGGAUGGAAGGUAAGAUUCAGGAGUUUUAUCGGCCUUCGAAGAAUGAUGUUAUUUGGAAUAGUCCAGAAGGGGGAAUAGAACAAGGAAAUACUUCUUGGCCCGAAUUUGUUCCUACCAGUGGGCCUGACAAGACCAGGAAGAUUGACUACAUCCGGUUUGGUGGUCACAUUCUAAUAGGGGUAAGGAGACCAAGAGCAGAUGCCGCAACACUGAAAAAGCAGUUGAUUGAGUUCUGUGAUCAGAAAUACAUGCUCAAGCUUGACAAUGAGAGCCUUCCUAUUGAACACAUAACAAAAGGUAUUAUGUUUCUUGAUCAUGUAUUGUGCCGUAGAGUAGUCUAUCCUACACUCCGAUAUACUGCUACUGGUGGGAAAAUCAUUAGUGAAAAGGGUGUAGGGACACUGUUGUCUGUCACAGCUAGCCUGAAACAGUGCAUUAGACAAUUUUGAAAGUUGAACUUUCUCAAGGGAGACAGGGAUCCAGAUCCACAACUGUGUUUUAGAAUGUUUCAUGCUACUCAAGCGCAUACAAAUGCUCAGAUGAGUAAGCUUUUGUCAACAAUGGUGGAAUGGUUCAGGUAUGCUGAUAAUAGAAAAAAGAUUGUUAAUUUUUCCUCGUAUAUCAUUAGGGGUUCACUUGCUAAGCUCUAUGCUGCAAAAUACAAGCUUCGAUCACGAGCAAAGGCUUACAAGAUUGGUUCUAGGACUCUUAGUCGUCCUCUGAAGGAGAAAAAGGGACAGUCACCAGAAUACCACAAUUUGCUGAGGAUGGGUCUGGUGGAAUCAAUUGAUGGGCUCAUGUACACCCGCAUGUCCCUGGUACCGGAAACGGAUUAUACACUCUUUCCAAUGGCUUGGAGGCCUGAUCAUGAGAAGGCACUGCUGGAGUAUAUAAAGCUGAGCGACCGGAAAACUUUGGAGGAGCAACAGAACUACCUAAAAGAACAAGGUCUGGUCUCACCUCAGGAUUAUAUUUCAGUGCUUGUUUGGAACUACAAAAGAAAUGCGGUUCCAGUAGAUCAGAGAAGUUUGUUACUAGGCCCAGGUAAGGAAAAAGAUGAUGAAAGAAAUGAAAGUAGUGAUGAUGAAGAAGGGGUUCAUGCAGCAGAAAUUUAAGCAAGAUCACUACUUUUUGAAGUCCUGCGGGCACUACUUCUUGCGAAAGAAACGCAAACAUUUUAUGGUACUAAACGUACUUGUGUUACCAAGAAGGGUGUAACAGCUUCUGUGUAAGAACCCCUUUUUCAGUGGCAGCCUGAUCACGAGAAGGGAUUGUUAGAGUAUAUAAAGCUGUAUGACUGAAAAACAUUGGAGCAACAGAACUACCUCAGGAUUACAUUUCAAUGCUUGUUUGGAACUACAAAAGAAAUGCCGUUCCAGUAGAUCAGGAAAGUUUGUAACUAGGUACAGGUGGGGAGAAAGAUAAUGAAAGUGAUGAAGAUGAUGAAGAAGUGGUUUGUGCAGCAGAAGUUUAAGGGAGAUUAAUGCUUCUGGAGGUCCUUUAGGCCUUUAUUCUUCCGAAUGAAAAUCAUAUUUAACUUUUUAUGAUACUAAAGUUACUUGUAUUGCCAAGAAGAGUGUAGCAUCUUGUAUGUAAGUAUCCAGUUUUAUAAAAUGAUAGUUCCUCUGUUCUGCAUCGCUGCUGCUAUUUAAGUUUUAGUUUCCACUAGCAAACUUUACAUAGUUAUGCUGCUUACCUAUUCAUAAUAAUCGAUUAACUUAACUGUUUACCAUCCUCUUCCUCCUUGAGAAAUGGUUUAAAACAUAUAACUUGUCGUUUGUAAUAUAUCUAUUUGCUAUGUACACACAUUGAUCUUAGUAAUAACAGCUAAUCAGUUUACUGAUCAAUCAGCAUCACUGUGACUUUCAUUUUUGCAAAAAGAAUAAAAGCCAAAUACAUAUGCAACCCCUCAAACUUGUAAAAAGAUUCAUUUAGACACUUCAUCUUAGUGCUUGACCUAUUGAACAAUUUAAUUGUGUUUAUUAGACACAUUGUUGAUGUGGCAUAGUGUGUAAUACACCUAUUAUAAGCGAUUCACAGUCAUAUUUUCUUUUUUAAUUAAAAGAAAAUCUCUCUCCCCGUCUUCCAGCCAACAGCCUCCUCCACCAUAAAAGCAUUGUUCCCGCCACCACUGCCAUCACCACUGUCGAACCCUCACUCUUCCCCUUCCCAUUCCCUUUACCUGCCAUUCUGCCACAACCUCCACAACUAGAUCUGUCCCUUACUGCUCCCCCUUCUCCCUUCUCUUUCCUCGCCGUACCACUGCCACCACUCCCUACCACCAGAUUAGCCAAAACUGUCAAGAUCUUCCAUAACUGUAAAUUUUGUUUCUUUGGUUUUAUUUUCUAAUUUCCUUUCCCUGCCCCCUCUAUGUCUGUGUGUUUAGCAACCCGUGGCAUCAUCAUUCAUUUCCUUUUGCUUGUGCUUUAUACCAUGUCAGUCUCAGAAGCUUUUCUGAACUUCCUAGUUCCAAUUAUAGUAUAGAGCUUAGUUUGCUUAACUGAUAAUCGACAAUAAUUACACUUAAUGGCAAAACAAGCAAGAGAUCUUUGAUAAAAAUGAUAAUUCCUGUUUUGCAUCUUUGACGCAGUGCUAAUGAAAAACAUGUAUGACAGAAGAUAUACUAGAAGAUGGACAACAAUAAAAGAGAAUUACUAGACAACGACAUGACUGCUUUUCUAAGCAUUCUACUUAGGUUUUUCCUUCUACAUAUCUAUAUUAGUGCCAACUGGAACGUAAUUUGCUGUCUAGUAAAGGGAACAUUUAGACUUAGCUUGGUGCAUAACCUCUACUAGCAUUCACUUGUUAAGUUUUAUCUGUUUGGUUGUGGUAUUCCCAAAUGAUGGAAAGAAAAUCCAUAUGCAAAUUUGUCUGAGAAGGAUCCAUGAAGCUACUCCAGUUUAGACCAUUGUGACUACCAAUUGAUCAGUACAUGUGCCUGCAGACUGACUUCACAUCUUGCUGGCAUCAUCUCCAAUGCUUGGUUGGUGCACUGCCUUUUAUAUUGAAUUGAGAAGGGAAAAGGAAAUUGCCAUCCCUUUCCUUGGUUUAUUAUCACAUCAAUUUACAACAACAACAACAUACCCAGUAUAUUCCCACAUAGUGGGGUCUGGGGAGGGUAGAGUGUACGCAGUCCAUACCACUACCUCUAAAGAGGUAGAGAGGCUGUUUCCGAUAGACCCCCAGCUCAAGUUAGAAGAAAUUGAUUGAUUAGGGGGUCCCGGCAACAAAACUCUUUUUUCAGAAGGGGAGCCUUGGAGUAACUGGUAAAGUUGCCGCCAUGUGACCAGGAGGUCACGGGUUCAAGCCUUGGAAAUAGCCUCUGGCAGAAAUGUUAGGUAAGACUGCGUACGAUACACCCUUGUGGUGGGGCCCUUCCCCAGACACCGCGCAUAGCGGUAGUUUUAGUACACCGGGCUGCCCUUUUUUCAUCUUCAUGUAUUAGGGGGUUCAUUCGACAAAUUUAUCUUUAUGAGCAUGUCAGAAAAGCUGCUACCAUGUGAUUAGGAGGUCACGGGUUCAAGCCUUGGAAACAGCCUCUGGCAGAAAUGCAAGGUAAGGAUGCGUACAAUACACCCUUGUGGUGGGGCCCUUCCCCGGACACCGUGCAUAGCGGUAGCUUUAGUGCAUCGGGCUGCCCUAGCAUGUCAGAAAACCCUGCUUUACAUUAUGCCAUAGUGUUUGUGGUGGAACAUUUUGAAUUGCUCUGUGUGUGUUUGUCUUAAAGGAUUAGCAAGUGUAUCUUUGGUUGAAAAAGUGCUGGUUAUACUCCAGUUACAUUUACUCCUGCCAUUGACUAAAUUUUCUUGCUAACAAAAUCUUGCACUCUUGUCUUUCCCAUAACUUAUACCUCGUGCAUCUUGCUUUAUCAAGGGUUCCACCAGUUCAUGUCUUGAUAAAUCAUGACAAUCAGCUGUGGGUUGCAUGUACUGGUAGUCGCAUUCCUUGACUGCAAGUAAUUUCUAAGAAAUUUAUGGAGCUAACACAUUGUAAUGCGAGGGCUAAGGGGAUGGAGAUGGGUUUCCAGAUACAGUUCGCGGAGGGCCUUUGAAGUGACAAUCUCACCCACAACUAUCUGGAUCUGAACACUUGAUUACAUAGUGUUCUUUUUGUUACCAUUUAUCUUGUGUUCUUCCCAGUUCUCUUGUUAAUUGACCUUUAAUAUGUAUGCGUUUAACUUUGAUGUGCAAGUAUCCAUGUUAGGGGGAAAGGAAUAGGAGACGCGGAUAACAAGACUUGCUGAUCAGUAUUUCUACAACAACUUGGCCACCUUUUGAUGUUUCAUGCAGUAUACAAUUUGCUGCUACGUCUUAUGAAGAUACAUUAGGAGGCUGAGAAGGAACAGACGAAACUUGUUUGAUGAUGCUUGACGAGAUGUCACUCAAUUGGAAGAGAUUGUAAUUCUCUUUUGCUAGUAGUGUCAACUCUCCUUUCUUCUCAGUGAACCCUUCGCCACACGUUGUCGCGUCCAUAACUGUCCUCAUUAGUACAGUAGCUAUAUCAAAAUGCUCAGACAAGAACGCGGUAAAAGCAUCCACCAGCAUGGCAAUAGCAUCUGCAUAAAGUUCCAAGCAAUCUUUUAAGCAGUCAAUAGCAAAAGGAUCAAACUCUUUGUUACUGAGCAUGUGCUCUAUGGUUUGCUAGAGCCAGCUCCAUUGCUACAAUUCCUACUCCUUGUAAGUUGGUAACAUGAGUUACAGGAAUUGGUUGAAGUGAAGUAACACAGAAGUUGUAGUUUAUGUCUGCCGACUUAUUGGAGCAUUCUUUGCAGGUUGAGUUGAUUAAGUCCAACAAUGAUGGGGAAAUCAGGUAACAAUGUGUAGGAAUUAUUGUUGAUAGUAAAGAGUAAGCAGCAAAGUGAGGGAAGAGAAAGAGCAAUGCCACAUUAUUCUGAGUUUAAUGUUUUGAUGAUUUUUUUUUGAGUUAUUGUGAAGUGAUAUUUCAUAUUUAUAUACAUUGAAAAGAAGUACAAAGUGGAGAGGUGACUUCAUGAGGAAA